AUGUUGCGAAAACUCAACGUCGCCACAGACGACAUCCCUAGAACGAAGUUCAGGCUUCAUAUCGCCAUAGGCUCAUUGGUCGCAUUAACCUUCAUCCUGAUCAUUGCCCGAGUGGCCGACAGCGGAACACCACGAACCCGAACCAAUACUUGGGGUAUUGCAGUGUGCGUAAAAUCAGCCGUUUUCAUGGCGUACCAGAUUUGUACCGGCCAUGUUGACCGUCUUAAAAAAUGGCACAGCACAAAAUUCAAUGUUGUUUUGAAUGUGAUAGAUACGGUUUUCUGGUUUGCGCUUUUCAUCAUCUCGAUUCUCGGUGCUGCGGUCUCACGCAGUACCUCAAGCCGUGUGUUGGGGGUGAUUGUUAUUCUUCUGACUAUUGUUUUGUGCCCAAUAGUUGCCUUUUUCACCUUCAUAUGCAUGCGUGAGCGGCGUUAUUUCAAGCAACAUGGGACACUGCCAGGAGAAGCGGCGAAAUAUCCUGGCGGUGUCUAG